GUAAUGUUCGGGACGCCCGGAAGUGUCAUGUUUGCGCUUGUCUAUUAAUGAAACUGAAGCUCCAAGUUCACUCAUUCACUUACCCUUUCAGCGACAUUUUGWUGCAUUUGUUAAGCACUCAGUGUUAGCUUGUUCUGACAGGGUUUGCAUGUUUGACACAGCUCCAGGUUGAGGCGUGCUAUUGUUGGCGUAAAGGUGAAGGUUUAUGCUGCAGCCGCGUGUAUGUGCGUGAAAAGCUCGUGUAAGCCAUGUCGGUGUCAGUGAUCAUAAAGUGGGGAGGGCAGGAGUUCUCCAUCAGUUCUCUGUCCGAGGAGGACACAGUGAUGGACCUGAAACAGUCCAUCAAGACUUUGACAGGGGUGUUGCCAGAGAGGCAGAAACUUCUUGGGCUGAAGAUCAAAGGGAAACCUGCAGAGGAUGAGGUGAAGCUGGGUUCUUUGAAACUGAAACCUAACACCAAAAUUAUGAUGAUGGGCACCAGAGAGGAAAGCUUGGAAGAUGUUUUGGCCCCUCCGCCAGAGAAUGAUGACGUCAUCAAUGAUUUUGACAUUGAGGAAGAGGUCAUAGAGGUGGAGAACAGAGAGGAGAACUUGGCUAAAAUAGCCAGAAGAGUAAAAGAAUAUAAAGUGGAGGAACUGAACCCUCCUAGAGAAGGCAAAAAACUCCUGGUGUUAGAUGUGGACUACACACUGUUUGACCACAAGUCAUGUGCAGAAACGGGUCAGGAGCUGAUGAGGCCAUACCUUCAUGAGUUUCUGACAUCAGCCUAUGAGGACUAUGAUAUUGUCAUAUGGUCUGCAACAAGUAUGAAAUGGAUAGAAGCUAAGAUGAAAGAGCUCGGAGUGACAGAUAACCCAAACUACAAGAUUACAUUCAUGUUGGACAGCGGAGCCAUGAUCACAGUACACACCCCAAAACGAGGGGUGGUCGAGGUGAAGCCGUUAGGUGUUGUAUGGGGGAAGUAUGAAACGUUCUACAACAGGAAGAACACCAUCAUGUUCGAUGACAUAGGGCGAAACUUCCUCAUGAAUCCACAGAAUGGGUUAAAGAUCCGACCUUUCAUGAAGGCUCAUCUCAACAGAGAGAGGGACCGAGAGCUCCAUAAACUGGCUCAGUACCUGAAAGAGAUCGCCAAGCUCGAGGACUUCAGUGGACUCAACCACAAACACUGGGAGAGAUAUUUAUCCAAGAGGCUGCACCACUGAGGAAGGACGCCACUAUCUACAAACUCCUGGGCUAAAUGUAACCCCUCCUUUUUGUUCUCACCAACACACGUGUUUAUCACAAGUUUAUCUUUCUAAAAUCACUACCAAAGCUCUAAACCUCAGAACUGACGUAAAAUUCAUAAUUUAACAUUUACAUGUGCUCUAUUUAAUCCAAAACAUUUUUUUCUAUCUGUUUACAUUUAAUACCCUGACAGUGGCAAAUACUACAAAUGCGAAGCGUACAUAAAAUACAUCUGCUCUCAAACUUGAAUCCACCAGCUUCAUGGUGGUCAGUCUCAUGUCUAACAUCGAAGUACAUGUGAUGCUUUACAUCUGCUUUGUCUUCCAAAUGGCCAGCAGCUCUGCCAGAAAACAGUUCAGUGAACUUUAUUAAAAAUUCAACACGUUCUUGUGAAACUGUCGAGCGCCUUUCGAUACCGAGAAAGACUAAAUCGAAUUGCUACCUGGUUAAGGUCAGUAAGUGAUGUCUUCCUCCUCUGGAUGAAGCUGAAAGCAUCAGGUUACAAAAAUAAACUGUGUAAACUGACAAAGAAUUACAUAAAAAAAAUCUAAAAGAUACUGUUCUUAAAGCAGUAAUUGAAAUGGGGGUUAUGUGGAGAACGGUUAAUAUCUUACCUGCUGUAGAUUAUUCUUUAAUCAACAGCUGUUUUAUAUUAUAUGGUUAUUUUUGAAGAAUUUCUGAAUAAUGAAACACAAAUGGCAGGAACUCUUUCUUUGUAGCCCAGGGCAGUGCCUGCAAGAAAAUCACAAUAUUUCAAAAAGAUACGGAGGCCCAAAUUAUCAGAAUAAAAGGGGAACUUUGAUUUUGACCCUGCACGGACUAUUUGUUUGCUAAUGAAUCUUGUCAGAAUUAAACUUUUAUUUCUCUAAACCGACAUUAGCUCAGAGAGCGUUUUACAAUGGGUAAGAUAAUAAGCAUCGCACAAAAAGUAAGGAAAUAUGUGUUUGGUUGAUUAUUUCUUUGUUACAACAAUGCUUCUUGGUAAUAAAUCUUAUUACUGCCAAUCAGGUGCACCUGAUUGGCAGCACCUGGGGGCACCAGCAGCUCUAAACAAGAUUCAAGAACAGUAAAAUUAUGUUAAAAGGAAAAGCUGCUGUAAUUUGAAGGGACUAGAAAUGUUUGUUAAAACAAAAAUCCAAACAAAUUUGAAGGACAGAUGCACUUCAGUCAAAGGUAUAAGACCAUGGA